AUGAGUAGCUUGGUUGAGAGGCUUCGUGUAAAACCUGAUCGCAAGCGAUUUAAUACUAUAGACGAGUCAGAUGAUGAAGCUGAUUUAAUGCCCAGAACAAGACCGAAAACUCAGGAAAAUUUCGAGAGGAUUGUUAGAAUCGAUGCAAAAGAGAAUUCAUGCCAAGCAUGUGGAGAGAGCGGAAAUCUUCUAAGCUGUGAAACAUGCACUUAUUCUUUCCACACCGGGUGUUUACUCGCGCCACUUAAAAGGCUCCGUUUGAACAACUGGAUGUGUCCCGAAUGUGUUAGCCCACUUAAUGAUAUUGAUAGGAUAUUAGAUUAUGAGAUGCGUCCCAUUGUAGCUGGCGAAACCGGUGCCAUUGUAGCUGGCGAAAGUGAUGCAAAAGAUUUGGAGUCAAAACAAAGUUUUGUCAAACAAUAUCUUGUUAAGUGGAAGGGACUAUCGUAUAUGCACUGCAAAUGGGUGCUAGAGGAAGAGUUUCUGAAGGCUUUCAAGUAUAAUCCUGGUUUAAAGACCAAAGUAAACAACUUUCAUCGUCAAGUGACAGCAGUCCGAAAAUUGAAUGAAGAUUUUGUUGCUAUAAGACCUGAAUGGACUACAGUUGAUCGAAUAAUUGCUUGCAGAGGCAAUGAUGAUGAGAAGGAAUAUCUGGUGAAGUGGAAAGAGCUUUCUUAUGAUGAAAGCAAUUGGGAACUUGAGUCAGAUAUCUCUAUGUUUCAGGCAGAAAUAGAGAGAUUCAAUUUAUUUCAGUCUAGGUCUAGAAAAUUUUCUUAUAGCAAGCAAAAAAGAAGUGUUAACAAUGAUGCUAAAUUGAUAAAGCAGAAGAAAGAAUUUCAACAGUAUGAACAUAGCCCCGAGUUUCUUUCAGGAGGCACACUACAUCCGUAUCAACUUGAAGGGUUGAACUUUCUACGAUUUUCCUGGUCCAAGCAAACUCAUGUUAUACUUGCCGAUGAAAUGGGACUUGGAAAAACCAUACAAAGUAUUGCUUUCUUAGCAUCCCUUUUCAAAGAGAAUGUUUCUCCACAUCUGGUGGUUGCUCCACUUUCUACACUACGAAAUUGGGAGCGCGAAUUUGCAACUUGGGCACCUGAAAUGAAUGUUAUUAUGUAUGUUGGAUCUUCCCAAGCUCGUAGCAUUGUUAGAGAAUAUGAAUUUUACUUUCCAGAGAAGAACAAGAAAAGUAAAAGCAUCAAGUUCGAUGUCCUUUUGACAUCGUACGAGAUGAUAAAUGUUGAUGCUGCAGCAUUGAAUCCGAUAAAGUGGGAGUGCAUGAUAGUUGAUGAAGGUCAUCGUCUCAAAAACAAGGAUUCAAAAUUGUUUUCUUCGUUGAAGCUUUUCUCUAGCAGACAUCGCGUGCUUUUGACAGGAACUCCUCUUCAGAACAAUCUGGAUGAACUCUUUAUGCUUAUGCACUUCCUUGAUGCUGGGAAGUUUGGAAUUUUAGAGGAGUUCCAAGAAGAGUUUAAGGAUAUCAAUCAAGAACAACAGAUUUCAAGGCUUCAUAAACUGUUGGCUCCACAUCUACUGCGAAGAGUGAAGAAAGAUGUCCUAACUAAGCUACCUCCUAAAAAGGAGCUUAUUAUACGUGUUGAAUUGAGCAGCAAACAAAGAGAAUAUUAUAAGGCGAUUUUGACUCGUAAUUAUAAUGUAUUAACCGGCCAUGGUGGAGCACAAAUUUCUCUUAUGAAUGUUGUUAUGGAACUGCGUAAGCUAUGUUGUCAUCCGUACAUGUUGGAAGGAGUUGAACCAGUUCUGACCGAAGAAAAAGAAGCAUAUAAACAACUGCUGGAAUCAUCAGGGAAGUUGCAAUUGUUGGACAAGCUAAUGGUGAAGCUUAAAGAGCAAGGGCAUAGAGUCCUUAUAUAUUCCCAAUUUCAGAAAAUGCUGGACAGGCUUGAAGAUUAUUGUGUUUACAAGCAUUGGCAGUAUGAAAGGAUAGAUGGCAAGGUUGGUGGAGCUGAAAGACAAGUACGGAUAGAUCGAUUUAAUGCUAAAGAUUCUUCAAAAUUUUGUUUUCUUCUUUCUACUAGAGCUGCUGGAGUUGGGAUAAACCUCGCAACGGCUGACACAGUUAUUUUAUAUGACAGUGAUUGGAAUCCUCAUGCUGAUCUACAAGCGAUGGCAAGAGCUCAUCGGCUUGGACAAACUAACAAGGUGUUGAUUUAUAGGCUUAUAACACGAGGAACAAUUGAAGAAAGGAUGAUGGAAAUAACAAAGAGAAAAAUGGUUUUAGAACACUUAGUUGUAGGUGGCAUGAAGGGUCAAAAUAUUAACCAGGAAGAGUUGGAUGAUAUCAUAAGAUAUGGCUCAAAGGAGUUGUUUGCUGAUGAUAAUGAUGCAGUGGGAAAAUCUCGUCAAAUUCAUUACGACGAUGCUGCUAUAGACAGACUAUUGGAUCGCGAUCAAGUUGGAGAUGACGAGGCCACUUUGGAUGAUGAAGAUGAAAAUGGACUUCUGAAAGCCUUUAAGGUGGCUAAUUUUGAAUACAUAGAUGAAGCUGAGGCUGAAGAAAAAAUAGAGAAUAAUUUUUCUGUAAGCAGUUCCGGAGCACAAAAUUACUGGGAGGAACUGUUAAAAGGCAGAUAUGAAAAGAACCAAGUUGAAGAGCUUGAUGCCUUGGGCAAAGGGAAGCGAAGCCGCAGAAAGUUGCUGGUAUGUCACCACAAGCGUUUUUCUCAUUUAGAUGAUGUAAGCUCCGACGAAGAAGAUGAAGAUUACGAAGUGAAUCUAUCUGCGAAAAGUCAUUCGAAAAAGAAAGCUCAUAGUAAUAUUGCAGAUAACACAGAUCCACUUCCUUUAAUGGAAGGCGAAGGAAACUCACUUAAAGUACUUGGUUUUAAUCAAAGUCAGAGGAACACUUUCCUUCAAAUUUUAAUGAGGUUUGGCGUCGGUGAUUUUGAUUGGAAGGAGUUUGCUCCACGCAUAAAGCAGAAGACUUGGCACGAAAUCGAAGCGUAUGGAAACCUUUUCAUGUCUCAUAUUGCUGAAGAUAUAAAUGAUUCCCCUACAUUCUCAGAUGGUGUUCCGAAAGAAGGACUUCAAAUACAAGAUGUACUUGUUAGAAUUGCGGUUCUGCUAUCGAUAAGGGAAAAAGUGAAGUUUGCAUCAGAAAAUCCCGGCACUCCACUUUUUUCGGAUGACAUCUUGUUACGCCAUGCAGGAGGCUUCAAAGUAAGAAAGACAUGGAAGGAGGAGCAUGAUUUAGUCUUACUGCGCGCAGUUUUGAAGCAUGGAUAUGGAAAGUGGGCAGCUAUAGUUGAUGAUAAGGAUCUGAAUAUUCAGACGCUCAUCUGUCAGGAGUUAAAUAUGCCCUUUAUAAAUUUACCGGUGUGCGGACAAGUUGGCAAUCAAGUGAAAAAUGGUGCAAAUAUGACAAAUAUGGAAUCCACAAGCAACCAGUCUACGGAGAAUAGCGUCAGUGUCAUGGAAGUUAAUGGAGAACAAGGUUCUUGUGUUGCUGGUAACCAAGAAAAGUUGGAUCAAGAGUCCUCUAUGAUGAUCAGUCAAUUUAGAAACAUGCAUAGGAGACAAAAUGAGUUUAUAAAAAAGAGAAUUCUCCUUUUGGAGAAACUUCUCAGUUUAGAAACAUGCACAGAGGACUAG